AUGGAAGCCAUGUAUUCAGAUCCCCCCAAGCUUAUUCCUGCAACUGAAUCAUCCAUUGAGGGUUUGGAGAAAGUGAGACUUGAUAGUUUGGAAGAUGCUGUUAGACAGAUGCCGUGUAGUAUUUGCAUGGAGGGCCUUGAUCACUUUGAUGCUGCAGAAGAAGGGGCUGAUCAUCCGCCUAUGAUUGCUCGCUUGCCCUGCGCACAUACAUUUCAUGCAGAUUGCAUUGUCCAGUGGCUCAAGACGAAUUACAGGUGUCCUUUGUGCCGAUCCCCAAUUGUGGAAGCGGGCGAGCCAUCAAAGCCCCCAUUGAGGCUGCAUUGGUCUAUGCUCAUGACAUCUGUGGUUGGUAAAGAAGAUGGUGCUAGCCCUCGUGAAUCAGAGCUGGCACUUACCAAUGAUGUUAUUGAAUCAAUCAUCGACAAGACAAUGAUGGAGGCAGAUUUAAAAGGAGAUGGAACAAUUGAUCAAGACGAGUGGAAGGAAUACGUGGCAAAGCAUAUUCCAAUAUGA